CAGGGGUCAGUGCUGGGACCCAUACUUUUCAUCAUAUAUAUCAACGACCUAGAACUAGGAUUAAAAUCCAAUCUUUCAAAAUUUGCCGACGACACAAAGGUGGGUGGGAAGGCCCUCACGACAGCAGACUGCGAAAUUAUCCAGAGAGACCUGGACCUGAUCACUCGGUGGUCGGAAAAAUGGCAGAUGUCCUUCAACACUACAAAAUGUAAAGUAAUGCAUAUCGGAUCCAGAAACAGCAACCACAUAUACCACAUGGUUGGCGAACCACUACAUGUUGUGCAAGAGGAAAGAGACCUCGGGGUCACCAUCAGCAGUGACUUGAAACAAACAAAACACUGCAAGUCCGCCUGUAAGAAAGCCAAUACAAUGCUUGGGUUCAUAUCGAGGAACUUCGAAUACAAGACGCCGGGAGUUAUGUUAUCCUUGUAUAAUUCGCUGGUAAGGCCCCACCUGGAAUACGCCGUGCAAUUCUGGUCUCCUAAUUACAGGAAAGACAUUGAAUUACUUGAGAGAGUACAGCGCCGCGCCACGAAGAUGAUACCAUCACUGAGGACGAAACCCUAUGAAGAACGACUCGAGCGACUCAACCUCUUCACGUUGGAAAAGAGACGACUGCGGGGAGACAUGAUACAAGUCUUUAAGUACCUGAACAAGCUCAGCAACGUUGAUCACUCCAAACUCUUCAUGCUACAAACUAACCUGAGAACAAGAAACAACGGAAAAACAAUUCAAGCAAAGCGAUGCAAUACCGACAUCGGCAGGAGUUAUUUCUCAAAUAGAGUUGUUCGCCACUGGAACAGCCUUCCUGCAGAAGUGGUUAGCGCAGAGACCAUCAACUCCUUCAAGAAACGCAUUGAUCGCCACUAUGCUGCAACGGGUGUGAACUGAACGUUCCCAAGAGUAGGUACACAAGUGCUUUAAUCCUUCCCUGCAAGCCACUCCUAUGGCAAACGGAUUGAUUAAAUCACUGAACGCAGGCAGCCUAGUAAUGAGCCAACAGGCUUUCUGCUGCCUGAUAGUCCAUGUUUCCAUGUUUCCUCCCUUCUACAGACACCUCGGAGGGAAUCACAGGGAGUGGCACUAUCCUCUCUCCACCUCCUAUACCUCCAUCACUACCACCUUCUCCUCCUCUUCCCUUCCCUCUCCUUUCUACAGACACCUCGGGGGGACUCACAGGGGGUGGCACUAUCCUCCCUCCACCUCCUGUGCCUCCGUCACCACCUCCCUCUCCUCCUCACCAUCUCUCCCUCGCACAGACUCAGGACUCUCAGGGGGCGGCAUCGCUGGCAUCGUCAUCGCGGUGCUGUUCGUGGUGGCCGCCGCCGGCUUCGUGGGCUACUCCUACAUACAGAAGCAACCCAAGGGCGCCAGGGACACCGAGCGGCAGCGACACAGCCUCGAAAAUAUCAUGUAUGAAGAAGGCACCAGCUCGGGCAGGGCGGGAGGGGCUGGAGGCAGCGUCAAGGUAGCCGGAGUCUCGGGCGGCACCGAAGCGUAAUGAAGCACAGCCAAACCAUUGCAUGUAGCCCACCAUUGGCUAGUUCAUGUCAAAUAUCAUCUGUACUUCAUUGGUAUUUAUUUACCAUCUCUCCUCCUCAGUUUAUAUCUUACCAUGAUCACUUAUAUAUUUCAUGUUGUUUCCUUCGCCACUUCAUGCAGAAUCGAGGAAACGCGACGUGGAAAUAAGCUUCAUUUUUUUUCCCUGUAACAAGCUUCGCUUUCGUUUCCGUCAAUGUAAGGUUACAUAAUAUCCCAAUUUUGUUAGUUCCUCUGUUACGACCAAGGAGUGUAAGGGUUUGACUCUGGUUACAAUCCCUGUGUGUGUGUGUGGGU